UCACAGCAACAUUUUCGUUUCGUGGAAAACGAUCCGUAAAAUAGACCUGGCACGUUUGCAUCAUCGAACAGGAAACGGCGAAAGUGUCAAGAAUUCUAGCCCAGAAUGUCGAAUGGCAAGUUAGACAAAUCCAGCGUCAUGACCAACGAGUCUGAUUCUACUCUCGAGGAGGAAAACGCUGAGCGAGGGAACUGGUCCAAUAAACUGGACUUUGUUCUGUCCUGUCUCUCGUACGCAGUAGGAUUGGGAAACGUAUGGAGAUUUCCUUACGUAUGUUACCGCAAUGGUGCAGGGGCUUUCUUGAUACCUUUUGUGAUCAUGCUGUUCAUUACGGGAAUCCCCCUGGUAUUUAUGGAACUCUCCCUGGGGCAGUACGCCAGCUCAGGGAUCGUUAUGGUGUGGAGGGCCUCACCCAUAUUCAAAGGAGUUGGCUGGGCUAUGUUUGUGGUAUCGGUGUUCAUCUGUAUCUACUACAACAUGAUUAUUGCCUAUACCCUGUACUAUCUGUUCGCUUCACUAGCUGCCAAUCUACCGUGGGCUGAGUGUGGAGAAUGGGCCACGGAAGCGUGUAGUACAGAGAUGAAGUUUAAGAUGUUGAAAUGUCAGCGUACCAAUGGUACCUGGUGUGAUGACCAAUGUGUCAACUCCACUGCUUUAGACUUCUCUACAAUGAAUUGUACCUUCUACAACGGCACAGACAAACUUAAAUCACCCAGCGACGACUAUUUCCAUCAGAGUGUCCUUGACAUUACGGAGGGGAUCCACUCCCUAGGAGACAUCAAGUGGGAGCUGGCGGGGUGUCUACUGCUGGCCUGGGUGCUGGUCUGUAUCUGUCUGGCGAAGGGCAUCAAAACCUCGGGAAAAGCUGUUUACUUCACCGCCUUCUUCCCGUAUGUGGUUCUGUUGAUCUUGUUAAUAAGAGGCUUGACUCUGCCUGGAUCUCUGAAAGGAAUUGUGUACUACGUCACUCCACAGUGGGACAAACUAGCCAGGGCACAGGUGUGGGGAGAUGCCGCCGUACAGAUUUUCUUCUCCCUGUCCCCCUGCUGGGGAGGGCUGAUUACCCUGGCCAGUUACAACAAGUUCAACAACAAUUCUAAAAUGGAUGCCAUCAUUGUGUCGGUACUGGACUCUGUGACUAGUGUCUUCGCUGGCCUGGUCAUUUUCAGCAUCAUUGGUUACAUGGCUGAGGUGUUGGAGCAGCCCAUUGAUAAAGUCGCUACUGAAGGUGCAGGAUUGGCCUUUGUAGCAUACCCUGAUGUAGUGACAAAACUCCCCCUUUCACAAUUGUGGUCUGUGCUUUUCUUUGCUAUGCUAAUCACUCUUGGACUUGGAACACAGAUUUCCACGGUAACUACCGUACAUACUACAUUGCUGGAUCAGUUCCCUCACCUCCGUAAAGGUCACAGGAAAACGUUGUUAUUGAUCGUCAUCGCCAUCUUCUGUUUCCUGAUUGGACUCAUCUUUUGCUCUCAGGGUGGAAUGUACAUGCUGCAGUUGUUUGAUAAUUACGCUGCCACCUACUCUCUCCUGUUUAUUGGUAUGGUGGAGUGUAUCGGAAUAUCCUGGGUGUAUGGUGCUGACAGGUUUUUGACAGACAUUGAGUUGAUGUUGGGAACUCGACCUAGCAAUAUAUGGAAAUACAGCUGGAAGUUUGUGGCUCCAAUAGCUCUGUUGGGUAUCCUGCUAUUCACGGCUAUUGAUUUUAGCCCCACAGAAUAUAACAAUGAGAAGUUCCCGGGCUGGGCUGACGGGCUGGGCUGUCUGAUCACCAUAGCUUCCAUUAUGAUGAUCCCCAUUGUCGCAGUCUACAUGGUCCUAAGGCGUCGGAGUCAAUUCUCUGGGUCUUUUAUUGAACUCAUCAAGCACCUGUCCAAACCAACGGAGAAGUGGGGACCUUACAAGAAGGAUCACCGAGCCCAGCGACAGAGGAUGGACGACAGCUAUAACUACGAGUCACAGAUUCCACUCAAAGACCACACCGACAGUCAGAAAGUCUAAUACCAGCCAAAAAUACAUACGGAAAAAUUCGGUUUACUGAGCAAGAAUCCUCAGUAGAUAAUUAAAAGAUCAGGUGCAGGCUAUCACAAAUCAAAUGACUGUUGUAAUUUUUAAAAUUGUUUGUAGAUUAAUGAUAUGAAUCUCACAGAUACGAUAUUUUUGUUGACAGUUUUUAUUAACCUAAUUUUUAGGUACAAUAUAAUAUGUAUCAGCAUUAUCUACUUGUAGUAGACAAAGCCAAAAUUCAGAUAUACAUAAUUAUGUGCUUUAAUCGAGUUUAAAUUUCCAGGUAAUUAUACAGCAUUUUUUUUUGCUAAGUAGUCAUUAGGAUUUUCAACAGACACAAACUUAAGGUGUUUUUGGUAGUACAUGGUGACAUGUACAACUGAACCUUGUGUUUAUGAAGAUUCAUAAAAUGGUCUCAAUAUUUAGAAAAAAAUUAGUGAAGUAUCUAAAAUCUAACAUAUAGUGUAUGACCCCAAAACUCCUUUGUGCUUCCUUGAAUACAAGGUGCUUACAAAAAAUGCAUUUUUUGUAAUUUUUCUUUGAUGCCAUAAUGAAAAUUGAAAAUUGCAUUGUGACACAAUAACAUUGUAGAGAAGUGAGCAAGUCAUGUGAUA